GGAAGAAGAACGAGGCAGGCAAUAAAUGCGGGCGAGGUAAUAAUAAUAUAGGUUGCGGUCUUCAAAACACACAGGGCGUUUGGUGUGACCCCAUUGUCGAUAUCUCCUCUCCUCACCCUUCCCUUGUGUUCUUCAAUUCAAUUCUGGCCAGAAGCUGCCCCCCUUCUCCUCGCUUCUUCUAUCCCCCCACGCUCCUCCUGGUGCGCAAAGAUCUUCAAGCGCUUCGAGAUUCAGAAGGCUGGUAGAUCAUGCCGUGCGCCGCCGAGCUUGUCAACGGUGAGGGAGGCGCCAUCAAAGUGGGCACAACCGGCACCAUCGGCUCGCUCAUGACGAGAGAACUGGAGGCCAUCAAGGUUGCGCCGCAAGGAGCUGCCACCCCGCGCCUGAGACGCCAAAGCAGUCCGGUUUGGGUGCCCUGCGGCGCUAGCCCCCGGAAGAUCAUCCCAAGGAAGAGCUCGUCCAGUGUCUCCAGCAGCAGCAGCAAUGGCAGAGCUGACCGUGUGAGCGCUGAAGAAGCCUGCAAGACGAGGAGGAGCUCUCAGCGGAACAAGUCCAGCUCCCCGAUGCUGCACUCGGAUGGCGCGCUGGUUGACAGGAGCCCCAACUUCGAGAAGGCCAAGAAGAAAGGAAACGUGCAUGGCGUCGAGGUGGUGGAUGUCAGGUGCGGUAAUCCGAUGAGCAGCCGCCUCAGGAAGCUGGGUUUCUCCAAGCUGUCGGAGACCUUUGCCUAGCCCUAACGGGAGAUGACUGAAAUCAAAGCUGCUGCUGCUGCUGCUGCUGCCCUUUCCUGGAGGGCAUCUUGGGUUUCUUUGUGCAAGCCUUUGGAGGGCAGUACGAUGCCAUCUUUGGUGAGCACAAUCAUUUCAUCCACCUGACUGCAUCCCUCUGUGUCGCGAUCCCGUUUAGGUCAGCUUUCCUGCUCAUGUGCUCUGAUGCGUGGAAAGGUAGUCUAUGAAAAGCAUUUCCCGUCAGAAGCUAGAUGUCAAAUUGUCAAUGGAUGAUAUAAUGUAGUUCUCGGAAAA